AUUAGUAGUUUUUCAUAAAAUAACCUCUAAACAUGCUACGUCAAACACCGCUCAAGUAGUUUACAUACAAGAGACGGACAAUUUCCUUGUUUUCCUCAUUCCUCCAUCGGCACUUUCUCCUAUUUCUUUGGAAUGGAUCCCACGGUGUGUGAAAGUCCACCGUCGCCGGUCCAGCAUUCUUUGACGCCGGUCGACAUAGAAAAUUGUGACGUCGCAAGCACAUGUGCAUCCGAAGACCGGGAAUCGGAUAUAAUAGAAACAGCAGUAUCUAACAUACAAAACAGCAACUCAUCUACAUUUUCGGAUUCCAAUGGCACUAUUCCAAAUUUGCCAGAACUAGCCGGGAAACAGUCAGUCAAUGUGAAGUUGGAACCGGGCCUGGUAACCGAUUCAGUGGUAGGUGGAGUGGAUGUUCCACUGUGUACCCCUGUGGUAUCCUGCCCCACACAGUGGGGUAACUACUCUGUUACAAGCCCCGAAACUUUGUACUGUCAACCUUUAGCUAAUGCACAAUACAUUGACACCAAUUCAUCUAUUGGUACCUUUGACCCUGGCCGGUCUGCUUUCGAACCCCCUGGCCCUCCUUUAGUUGCCACUCCCAAAAACAAUGUGGCGGUUGGUACGGGAUACCCUAUCGCCUCUGACAACAGAACCAAUGCUGUUGGCGAUCCGAUGCUUCCAAGGGUCUCUGACAUCGACGAAUUGAACCCUUUCGACACAACCGCUAUGCAAGCUGUAGCCACUACAACUUAUAACAAUGCUUAUAACAAAUACUCUACCCAGACUAUGAAACAGCACCUGUAUCCUAUGGAACCGGUCAAGCCUCCCUCCCCCUCCCAGUACCAGCGCACAUGUUCACCCUACGAUAUUCCCAACAAAAACAUGAACAAUGAACCAUUCAAUCUCACGUGUCCCAGGUCGAGAUCAGAUAGCACGGGAAAUGACGUUCCCCACCAGGAACAAUCUAAGAAAGUCAUUGUUCCGGCAGAUCCUACCCACUGGACGACAUCUCACGUGCGCGAGUGGCUGGAAUGGGCUGUUAGGGAAUACAAAUUACGUGACCUAGACGUCAGCAAGUUCCCCCAUAUAGACGGGAGGGAGCUGUGUAACCUCACAAAUGACCACACCCAAUUUGUACAGAUCUGUGGAUGGAACACGAGUGUGGCAGACUGUCUCCUUACUCAUCUCAACUACCUCCGGGACGGUGUUGCAGUCAGUGCAGGAUAUAGCAACGACACCGUGACCAGUAACACCCCCGCAUCCACAGUGUCCUACACCCAUAACAGUGGCGGCAGCUGUGUAGCCCGAUCUCCCACAGAUCACGGAUUUGGCAAGUCGACUUGGGCUCCACAGACAAGUCCAACUCCACAAG